GAGGGACAAACGUGCUCGGAUCCUGUCACGAGGGCUGCCAAAGCAGAGGCCCAUAGAAGGAGUUAAGCAGGUGGUGGUUGUGGCUUCUGGAAAAGGGGGAGUUGGAAAAUCAACAACAGCAGUAAAUAUAGCCCUCGCCCUAGCAGCAAAUGAUUCGGCAAAAGAAGUUGGUUUGCUUGAUGCAGACAUAUAUGGACCUUCAAUUCCAAAGAUGAUGAACUUAAAAGGAAACCCAGAAUUAACACCAAGAGAGGGAGAUGUUGGAAGGUGUGUGAGCUCGGCCUGUGUACUUGGUCUCUGUGCAGAAGAAAUUGUCCACGCAGAAAAUCUAAUGAGGCCCCUUAAGAACUAUGGAAUCGCAUGCAUGUCUAUGGGUUUCUUGAUAGAAGAGACUGCCCCGGUUGUGUGGAGAGGGCUCAUGGUAAUGUCAGCUGUUGAAAAAUUGUUGAGACAGGUUGACUGGGGUCAACUGGACUACUUAGUGAUUGACAUGCCACCUGGGACUGGAGAUGUACAGCUGUCAGUAUCACAGAAUAUUCCAAUUGCAGGAGCUGUGAUUGUCUCCACUCCACAAGACGUGGCUUUAUUGGAUGCCCACAAAGGAGCUGAAAUGUUUAGAAAAGUCCAUGUACCUGUUUUAGGACUGGUUCAAAAUAUGAGUGUUUUCCAAUGUCCCAAAUGUAAGCAUGAGACACAUAUUUUUGGAACUGAUGGCAUAAAAGAUCUGGCAAAAACCCUUGGAUUGGAUAUUUUAGGAGAUGUUCCACUGCACAUCAAUAUAAGGGAGACGUGUGAUUCAGGACAGCCUGUUGUGGUCUCUCAGCCUCAAAGUGAUGCUGUUCUCUGUUUCCUACUCCACCAUCAGUCACUUCAUUGUCAGCUGUGCCCAUGAGGUCUUAAGAACUGUGUCCUUCUGGCACUGUGCCACUGUUUGAGAGGCUAAAGCCUAUCUAAAGAUAGCUGUGGAAAUAUUAAGAAGACUCCCAGUACCUCCUGCUUGAAGCAUUUACCACUGAAAUUUAGCAAAAAAGUGGUCUUUGAUGCAGCCAGUGCAGAAGAGUCCUGUUACCUAAAUACAUGGGUGGAAUAUGUUAGUUUGAAAAACUUGUUUAGGAAUUAAUUUACUAGAGGUUAAAUUAUGAUUGUGAUAAUUACGGUUUUUCACAUCAUUGUUUGACCAUGUCCAAAAGGAUUCAGGUAUGCAGAUGAUGAGAGACGGUAUUUAACUGCUGAAUUGUAACAUCAUCAAGCAAGAAGUGAUGAAGUACAUGUUUUCCAUGUGCCCUAUUUUAAAGUCAAGAAUGAAAAACAGCCUCUCCAUGCAAGAAGAACAAUGGUAUGCCAAGACAUAAAUUUAAUAUUUUAAGCAGGAUUUUCAAUAUUCUAAUUUCCUUCAGUUUUUCUUCGAAUUUUUUACAUGGUUAGCUAUCAAACUGACCUUAAGUUCUGCAAGAUUUUAAGAAGCAAAAUCAGUUCUGUAACUGCUGUACUUUUCUGUCUUCAUCUUAAAAGAAGAUUAAAAAAUUCCACAUAUACUCUGAAUAGUUCUUGUGAUGGAUGAUGAACAAAUUCAUUCAUUAUCGGAUAAAGUUUGAUCGUGAGGCAGUUCACAGUUUAGUGGAGAAUGGAUUACGUGACCCUGAGGCUUAUUUCUCGACUGUUUUAUAUUAUAAUGAACCCAGACAGAAGACAAGGUAACAGAGGUCUUCACUGAAAACCAGAUGUUUCUCCUGAGCUCAGUUUGCCAUGGAAUGCAAAUGAUUAAGAUAAAUUAAGUUUAUGAUUGCAUAUUCCUACUACAGUGCAGCAACUUGGAAUUUGAAUAUAAAGAUAUAUUUUUGAAGUAAAGAAAUAUUUGGUCUUCAAA